AUGACAUCCCUCGAGAGACCAAAACAAGAGACUUUGCCAGGUCGCAGCGCAGUUCAUGGUGUUGACCCAAUGAUAAGUGAGGAAACGGGCCCACCUUCACGUGUCCCGGAUAUUUUCUUAUCAGAUGCCAUUCUGAGUUUCUCUUGUUCUCGCUGUUCCAAUGAACAAGCCCUUCUAAAUAUGGAAAACCGUAUUGCGGAGAAUGUUCUCGGUACUCUAGGUGCAGUUUGCUGGUCUAUCCAACUUCUUCCCCAAAUAAUCAUCAAUUACAGGAGACAUGACACCGAGGGGCUGCAAGGGUCAAUGAUGCUCUUGUGGGCGGCCGCAGGAGUUCCCCUUGGGGUGUACAACAUUGUGGAAGAUUUCAAUAUUGCCCUAAGGAUUCAGCCCCAAAUUCUGACAACACUCAGCCUCCUUACUUGGGCACAAUGUCUUUAUUAUGGAAAGAAAUACCGAAUUAUGAAAUGCUGUGUCGCAGUCACUUCGCUCCUGCUGCUGUUGGGCGGCAUUGAAGCUGGACUCAUAUUUGCCUUACGAGCUGCAAAAAGCCAUGGACUGGAAUGGCCUCUUAUAUUGAUGGCGGUUUUAAGUGCAUGUUUACUCGCAGCAGGUGUGCUGACACAUUACUGGGACAUUUAUCUCCACAGAACUGUUCGAGGAAUCAGCUUCAUAUUCGUUGGAAUUGAUGCUGCUGGGGACUUGUUUUCGCUCGUCUCUGUCUUGUUUGGACCAACCAUUGAUAUCCUUGGGAUAAUUAUCUAUGGAACUGAAUUGACACUUUGGGUGGGCAUAUUUAUCUGUGGCGGUAUAUUCAACCUCCGGCCCUGGAUUAAAGAGCGUUCUGAGCAGCGAAAUGGCAAUCGUCAGGACCCGGUGGCUCUGCAUCCAAUGCCCUCGUCGACUUCUGUGUUCAGAACCGCGUCCGGAUCUCAAGUGGUGGGAAGAAGGCCAUGGCAAAGUUGA